AUGAGAAAAGACUACGUUCUGGAGGUCAAAAGCUCGGACACCAAGUGUCCCGACGUGAUAUAUCAGGACGACUACAAGCAGACCAAAGGCACAGAUGCCAGCGAGAUCAGGCCGCAAAAGUACAUGAAAUUUACGGUGCGGUCCGCGCGACAGCAGGACGGGACCUUGACUCUUGUGGUGCAGCUCGUUUUGCUGGCUGCAGCAGUUCGUGCAUUAUAUGUUGCCAUUUGCAACGGACAGAUACUAGACAGAAUACUACGAUGGGCACAACUUGAGAAGACCGGGUUGGACGACGUUUGGACUACGCGAAUGGUGCGAGCGUUUGUGUUUUUUGUCUGCUACCGCAUAGUGAACUGGGCAUACGGCUCGUUCCGGGCGCAGACGGAAGAGAGCCUGAUAAUUAUUCCGAAUCUGGGCGUGCAGAGCGAGUCGUACCGGGUGCGAAAAAGCGGGUCUGCAUUGGUGCUUCUGCUGCUUAGCAGGGUAUUGGGGAAAUCGGAAUUAAGCAGACAUGUACCCGCGGCAAAGACGCUCAACAGACAGUUCUUCCCAAUGGAGGACGUGCAUGAUCUGGCGAUAGUGGAGGGCUUCAAGAACUUCCAGGUCAUUUUUUACCUGGCUCUCAUGGUCGGAGACGGCCAGCAGGACGAUCAGUUACAAAUAGUGGUGAUCUUCCCAAAUCUACUACCCAGGAAAAAGCUGCUGCAGGCUGUCUGGCGCAGAAGCAGGGCAUAUCUGGAUAAUUCGUAA